CAACACGGCCCUUUUUAAGUUCAGUGGGGGAAGAGAAAGGGGGACUCUGAAAUACGAAGAGAAAAAGACACAAAACAGAGCUGAAAGAGCCCUGUCUUCUACACGGGAAGACUAUUGUCAAAUCAAAGAAGCAACACGAAACGAAGGUCUUGACUGCCUGAACCACGACAAAAAAAUAAGUAAAAUGGCGGAGCCGGACAAAUUAAACAUCGACUCCAUAAUACAGCGUCUUCUGGAAGUUAAGGGCUCUCGACCAGGCAAGAACGUUCAGCUGACAGAGAACGAGAUCCGUGGCCUUUGCCUCAAGUCUCGCGAAAUCUUCCUCAGCCAGCCAAUCCUGCUCGAGCUUGAGGCACCACUCAAGAUCUGCGGUGAUGUCCAUGGUCAGUACUAUGACCUGCUGCGGCUGUUUGAGUACGGAGGCUUUCCCCCGGAGAGCAACUACCUGUUCCUAGGGGACUAUGUGGACCGAGGGAAGCAGUCCCUGGAGACCAUCUGCCUGCUUCUGGCCUACAAGGUCAAAUACCCCGAGAACUUCUUCCUGCUGCGUGGCAACCACGAGUGCGCCUCCAUUAACCGUAUCUAUGGCUUUUAUGAUGAGUGUAAGAGACGGUAUAACAUCAAGCUGUGGAAGACGUUCACAGACUGCUUCAACUGUUUACCCGUGGCUGCAAUUGUAGAUGAGAAGAUCUUCUGCUGCCAUGGAGGCCUCUCUCCAGACCUCCAGUCCAUGGAGCAGGUGCGCAGAGUGAUGCGACCCACAGAUGUGCCUGACCAGGGCCUGCUGUGUGACCUGCUGUGGGCCGACCCAGACAAAGAUGUCCUGGGCUGGGGCGAGAACGACCGUGGGGUCUCCUUCACAUUCGGGGCAGACGUGGUGGCCAAAUUUUUGCACAAACAUGACAUGGACCUUAUAUGCAGGGCACAUCAGGUGGUAGAAGACGGUUACGAGUUCUUUGCAAAGAGACAGCUUGUUACUCUGUUCUCUGCCCCUAACUACUGUGGAGAGUUUGAUAAUGCCGGUGCCAUGAUGAGUGUGGAUGAGACCCUCAUGUGCUCCUUUCAGAUUCUCAAGCCAGCGGAUAAGAAGCUCUACUCUUACGGUGGAGGUGGAGGAAUGGGAUCUGGACGCCCGGUCACCCCGCCACGAAAUUCCGCUAAGGGCGGAAAGGCCAAGAAAUAACACCCACUGGACCCCCCUCCCUGAACCAAGCACCCCUGUCGCCCCCCCACACUCUUUCUCUACCUCCCUACUUCUAUCUCUCUCAUCACCAAACGGCAACAAAGCAGACAGUACAGUACCUAGGGUUCGGUCCUCUUUUUCUCUGAUACUGUUUUUAACUGUUUGAGUGUAUGUAUGUCUGUGCGUGUGUCUGAAAGAGAGGUUUGUUGUAUUCUGUUUGUAUGUCCUCCCUUUCCCCUACUCUGUUCUCCUGUCACUUUGUAGAUGAAAUUGGUCCUUCCUUUCAGUGAUGGAAAUGCAGACCUGGGGGAGAGGGAGGAGAGAUGGGGAUAGGGAGGGGGAGAGGAAAGGAGCCUUUACUGUUGGUUAGGGCCCUGCACUGUUUUGAUGCUAAACACAAGCUUUUGUACAUCCUGUUUGAGAGGUUUGUGUGUGUGUAUGUGUAUGGAAUGGGGUCAAUCUGCAUGGUCAGAUGGUAACAACGGCACACACCACACACUGAGAGCACAGGUGGAUAUGUGCAGAUUGGACCCUUUAGUUUAUGGAUUCACAAAGAUCAAGAAGCGGACACGUUUUUUUCUUCUUCCCAAAAACCAAUGAUUUGAAAACGCAAUCAUGGAUGUGAAAUAGCUUUCUUUUCUUUUUUUUCUUUUUUGUAGAUGCAUAAAAAAAGGUUUGAAUCUUUUGAGUUUUAGUUUAUUUGGACGCCGAUGAUUAAUAAAGAACCAUUUAUUUAAAAUA